AUGACUUCUUAUGUUCCCAUCAUCGGUGAUGCAACCUUCAUUGUCCUUCGAAAGGGCUCGAUACCCGCAAAUCAGUCUACAAACAAAAAGAACUUGGAAGUUGGACGGGAUUCAUUCAUCGCGAGUCAGGGUGAAGCUGACCCGCUGCUCGAGAAGCAAAAUUUCAACACCGACCGGUAG